AUGCCAUCGCACAAAUGUACAGCGAAACAACAACUCUGCUGUUCUGUCAUAAAAAGAAAUAUUGACGACCCUGUGGCGCUACCUAGUGAACUUGAUCCUCGUAUACUUAACGCGAUAGUUGAAAAGGAAAGAUCGUGGUAUGCUCAAUCGAAAGAUGCUUUUCUUAUAUAUGAAUUUUCAUCUUUUAUUAAUCAAUUUCAAUAUUCUUAUCAAAAUGCCAUAGAUCAUGUAUCUGUAUUUCCAAGAUCUAAGGAAUACGAGUAUCAGAAUAUUGAAAAGAGACGUUUGAAAAAUGUGCCAAAAGACAAAUUUCUUAAUGGAUUUCAAUGUAGCGGCGCCAAAACAAGAAAUGAAAAUAAAAUAUCAAGAUCCGAUGAGGAACCAUUUUCGUGGAAAGAAGACGAAAGUAACAAGAGAUCGAAAUCUCCUGUUGAAUCUACCUAUUGUUAUGGAUAUAACCGAUCGGAAUACAAUGAACAAGGAAUGAACAAUGAUCAUGUCAAUUACAAUAUUCAGACUUUAGAAAAAGAUUGUGCUGGAAAAAAAUCAGAUGUAAAAAAAGAAAUGAGAUGGCAAGCACUUUACGAGCUAAUGCAAUUUCCAACAACGGAUACGAAACGAAAGGAGGAAUUUCGAAUGCUUACAAAGCCAUAUCUUCACGAUUUAAAUACAUGGUAUGCUAAAAAUGUACCAACGAAACUUCAUUUGCCAAUUCGAUGGAAAGGAAAACGACCAAUACCGGAAUGGCGAUUUUCGCACAUGUGAAUUAAAUUAUCUUGCGUAUAUACUAUGAAAUGAACUAACGAUCGAAACUAUUAUAAACUGAUUUCGUUCAAGAACAUUUAGUAUUGUCGGCAACACCUUAUAUAUAAUAAUUAUAAAAAAAAAAAAAAAAGAAAAGAGAAAAAGAGUAUUGCGCCUAAACAUUGAUAUUUGCGUCUUCUUAUGUACCGGUAGUGAAUUAUUAUUCAAUUCACGGUGACGUCGAGUCAAACCACGAGAUCCGAUUAUAUCGAUAGUCUCGACAUUUGACGACAAAUGUGUAAAAUCGAUGCGCAAAGCGAUACACAAAUAGCGCAAUAGAAACGCACUCUUUCGGUCGCAUAUAGUACUCUUUUAUUAUGCGUUCCUACAAAUAUUGCAUCAUGUUCUGUCUUUAAAAGAAGCAUCCUAAGCAAUUAGCAAGAUCUGUUAGAAUUCCAAUUUGUAAUUCAUUUCUUCAUCUGCUUAAUAUUAUAAUUUUGUAUUUUUAAUGCGCACAUCUAUAGAUGGA